AAUUUUUCUGAAUGUUGAAGUUAGAACAAUAUGGAAUUGUUUACGUCUUCGAUACACGUAGCGAGUAAAUUUGAAGAGAUUUUAUGCGUUAUCGCAAAUUAGAAGUUUAUGGAAGCACUGAGAUCAAGACCCAACUCUCUUUAUUCUGAAAUAUUUUUCACCAUUGAAAAAGUGAAUUUUUUGACAGGUCGACAGUGCUGAUGAAAACCAUUCCAUCAGGAAUGAAAACUGAGAUAAGUUAUAACUCCCAUGGAAGAAGAGAAUUCAAAAGCGUUCAUGCAUAAUUAGAAAACCCUCAUGAAAAUUAGCAACCGGAACCUUUUCUGGCCUAUUUAUGGCUACAAACUACUGAUUUGGAUAGAGCGGCAAUUGGUUAAUAAACUUUGGUUACUGCAACUCUUAAAACUUUCACUGUUCAGUUUUUCUGAAAAUAAAAAAUACAGUUUCAAUAUAGUAGUUCUAGAGGCGGUAUGUUCGCCGUUGUUCUUAAUACAAUUAUUCAGAGUCCUACAAAAUUUUGCGAGGAAUUCGUUGCCUGCAAUCCAAGUAAUAUUUGUGUUGCAAUAAAAUGGAUGCGGACAUAUAAAACGACGGCACAGCCUGAGACCAAUAUGAGAGAAUUUUUAGACUGCGUCCUGCCAGAUGAUGCGUCGGAGAUCUACCUAAUUAUUCCCAUUACCUUUCACUACACACUUGGAGACGAGAACCAAAUACUAGACAAAAUUUCACAUCUAAAAGUCAAAGCUAAUGUCCACAUUAGACUCAUCAUUAUGGAUAGUACUACAAAUAAUGACCAUCCUCAACUUUUGGACACCGAGAGUUCUAAAAUUAAAAAGUUGAUGCGUAUUUCUCAGAUGACAUUUGGAACUUUUGCAAUCAUUCGAAUAUGUUCAGCUGUUAAAAUGUGUUCUAGUGGUUGCACUACUUGGUCAUUAGAUAUUAAAAGACCUGGUUCCAAUCAAUCAACAGUGUCAAAAAGCUCUAAACAGAUGCAGAUUCAUAUGCUGUCAUUCAGCAACUCCUCACAGUCCAUUGUAUUACCGAAUGGGAAAGUAUACGUAGUGAAUAAUUCCAAAGAUCACGAACCAGUGUUUAUGAAACCAACACUGGUCGCUUCUUGUGAGUUUAGCAACAAAUAUUUCAGACCACAGUGGUGUACAAAUUCAUCCAACACUUGUCAAUGUUGUCUUUCUUCAAAUUUAUGGUCACGUGUUUCUGUGAAUGAAAAACUAGUCAGGGAUUUAAAUCGUCGAAUUUAUGAAUCAGCCAAAGAAGAAGCAAACUCAAAGAGGUGUUUGUUUAAUUGGUCUACCAGCGGAUCUGACCAGAUGUCAAGUUUAAUAAAUGAUCAAAAAGUGCUAGCUAGGCGAUCAGAUGAUGGUCAUUAUUAUCUAGGAUCAGUUCAAGCUGUAAAAUCUAGUUUGCCUUACGAUCAAGUUCUUGUACGAUUUGGUCCGAUAAAGUGUCUAACAAACUCCAGCUUAACAAAAUAUCAACCUGGUACUUUGGAUUCAGACAUCUUCGAUUAUGAAUGGAUUGAUUUAAUGGAUAUUAUUGAUUUGAAGCACGCUAUCAAACAUUCAGUUGAGCCAGGAGAUUGUGUACUUAUUCCCCAAACUUGGCCUUUACCAAAGUGUCCCAUAAAAAAUAAAACUAAACCCACGAGUCUCAAGAAUCUUCGUUAUUAUGCAGCAGUAGUAGUCUCUAGUUCUGAACAAAGUUUUGACACAUAUAGAAGUGAGAAGAAUACGGGAGAAAACGAUAAAGUCUUGCUAGUUGAAUUAGCUAGCUGUAACAUUCGUGCUGGUUUCAUCAAAGUUUCUGAAAGACAAGCUGUUUGGAUUCCAUACAAUACUUAUCAACGUAUUGUACUCGAACAGUAUAUGUCACCAGAAAGUAGAAAAUGGUUAAAAAACAAGACAUUUGUACCCAAUACUUAUCCAUUUUAUUCAGCUCCAGGUUAUCCUGCUGAUGGUUUUAGUCGAUUCAAUUCUUAUACAGACCGUCAUAAGUCGAAUUCACUUAUUCAUCCAUUAAGUUUUCAGCAAUUUAAACACGGUAUGGAUGUUCAAUUCGAAUACUGCCCAUCUAUUCAAUGUUGGCCACUUUAUUCAGUUGUGAACGAUCUGCUACCGACAGCUAACGGUUGUCCUGUAUGGUUGGAUAAUGACAAAAGCAAUAGGAAGCUGACGACCUCAGAAAAACAAGACGCUUGCAUGAAUAGUAUUCAGUCCAGUGAAGUGAAACACAAAGGUGAUUGUGAGCCCCAACUUGUUUACAGAUCACAUCUUAGACACGUAAGAUGAACGGACAACUACUACACUUGUAUUUAGCAGUAAUUUACUGCUAAAAUGUUUGCUGUACAUUGGAUUGAAGAAAUAAAUAUGUACUUUC